UCUAGUCUGCACUCGGCAGUCGCCAGCUCAUUGAAACCAGAGUUGCAAAGUUUUUCGAUUCCAUCCUCCAGCUUGUCCAAAAAACCAGGUGGCAACUGGGUGGCAAUUGGCAAGUUUGAUCACUGAUAUUGCAGUCCUGCUGUUAAUUUCUUUAUCAUCUUCUGCAACUUUUCCAGAACAACACCAUGCCUACCAUAAGUAUCAAUAGAGAUUUACUGUUCAAAGCCCUUGGAAGAUCUUACACGGAAGAACAGUUUGAUGAACUUUGUUUCAAAUUUGGCAUCGAACUUGAUGAAGUUACGAGUGAUAAACUCAUCAUUUUGAAAGAACAAGGAACAGAACGAUCAGCUGGUGCAUCAGAAGAAAUCAUUUACAAGAUUGAUAUUCCUGCCAAUAGAUAUGACUUAUUGUGUUUAGAAGGUCUUGUGCAAGGUCUUCAAGUAUUUUUGGGAGAAAAGCAAUUUCCAGCUUUUAAAGUUGUUCCACCAGUGACAGUUCCUCAAAGAUUAAUUAUCAAGCCUUCGACUGCAUCAAUAAGACCACAUGCUGUUGCAGCAGUUCUUAGAAACAUCCACUUUGACCAAAACACUUUCAGUAGCUUCAUAGAUCUUCAGGAUAAACUACAUCAAAACUUGUGCAGGAAACGUAGUCUUGUUGCAAUUGGAACUCAUGAUUUGGAUACAGUCCAUGGUCCAUUUUUCUAUGAAGCACUUCCACCUGAUUCAAUUAAGUUCAAGCCAUUGAGCCAGAGUAAAGAGUUUACUGCUUCUCAGUUAAUGGACUUGUAUUCAACUGAUAGCCAUCUUCGCCACUAUUUACCAAUUAUACGCGAUAGUUCAGUCUAUCCUGUUAUCAAGGACAGUAAUGGAGUAGUUCUUUCUAUGCCACCUAUUAUCAAUGGUGAACAUUCAAAAAUUACCUUAGAUACGAAAAAUGUUUUCAUUGAAUGCACUGCUACAGACCUAACCAAGGCUAGCAUCGUUUUGGACACUUUGGUCUGUAUGUUUUCUAGGUACUGCGGGGAUCAGUUUACUGUGGAGAUAUGCGAAGUAGAGACUCCAGAAGGAAAAAUCAACAACUAUCCGAUUUUAAAAAAUCGACAUGAGAAAAUCAGUGUUGACAAGAUCAAUACAAUGGUGGGUAUCAACGAAAAAGCUGACGAAAUCGCAAAUUUACUCACCCGAAUGUGUUUAACUGCCACCGUGGAAGGAACUGGUUCCAUUUCGGUUGAAAUACCCCCCACUCGUCAUGAUAUCAUUCAUGCGUGUGAUGUCUAUGAAGAUGUGGCGAUUGCUUUUGGAUACAAUAACAUAACCAAAACUCUACCGAAAACUAACACCAUAGCUUCACAGUUUCCCCUAAAUAAGCUGUCAGAUCAGUUGAGAGACCAGCUUGCUCAAGCCGGUUUCACAGAGGCUCUCACAUUUUCGUUGUGCUCGAAGGAAGACAUAAGCGAAAAGCUGAGGAAACCUCUGAACUCCGUUCCUGCAGUUCAUGUUUCCAAUCCGAAAACUUUGGAGUUCCAAGUAGCACGCACGACCUUACUUUCAGGUUUGCUCAAAACUAUCGCUGCCAAUAGGAAAAUGCCUUUGCCCAUGAAGCUAUUUGAAGUAUCCGAUGUGGUAGUGAAAGACAGUCAGCGAGAUGUUGGAGCUCGUAAUUGCCGCAAUCUGUGCGCCGUUUAUUACAAUAAGUCGCCUGGAUUUGAAUUAGUUCAUGGUUUACUAGAUCGCUUAAUGCAAUUGUUGGAAGUUCCACUGGAUCAGAGUGGCAGCAAGGGAUACUUCCUGAAACCAUGCGAAGAUGCAACUUUUUUCCCCGGACGAUGCGCCCAAAUCAUUUUUGCUGGCACUGUUGUCGGAAUCGUCGGAGUCUUACAUCCUGAUGUUGUGACAUCCUUUGAUUUAAAUCUUCCAUGUUCAGCUUUGGAGUUGAAUAUUGAACCGUUUUUGUAAGCAGUUACAAGAAAUAAAUGUGGUCUGUCAUUAA